UCCGUUCCGGACAAAUCUGCAGCUUCGCAAUCAUUCUUGGCGACGGUCACCUUCGUUGCCAAUCGGCAGCGCCGUCAACUUCGGCAUUGUCGCCGGCCGGACCGGUCAUCGCCCAUGGCUCUGCUGCCGCUGUUUCUCAGGCCGGUCGCGCAGUUCGCGGCGAGCGUGGCAGUGGCGGGCGGCCCGGCGGCCGUGGCGGCCACGAUCCUGCACCGCGCCGGCGCGCUGCCGAGGGACCGGGGCCUGGAGCGGCUCGUCCGGGACGACGCGCUCUACGGCGGCCGGGGGCACGACUGCAUCGCCAGCUUCGUCGUCGGCGUGAUGCGGUGCCUGUGCUAGGGGUUGAUGAUGGCCGCGAUGCUGGACAUGUCUGUGCAUGGGCAUUUGGAUCAGUCAGAUGGCCUGGACGCACAUUUCCUCCUCUCUAUUUUAGCUAGAGAGGGCACUGACUUAGCAGUGCGUGUUGCUCCUGGCUGCUGUAGAUCGGUUCGCAAAUCAAAAUUCACCCUGGAUUUUGUAACAUGAAACUUGCAUUCCGAUGAU